AUGGUCGCAAAAAGCGCAACCAGCUACGCCGCCCGCUCACACAAAGACUUCGAUCGUUGGGAACGCGAUCUUGGCAAGCUUACCGACAAGGAUUUGGGAGCUUCCGCGAGUAAAGCUAAAGGCGCCCAUCUUCCUCAUUUCCGACUCAUUAUUCGCAAAGGCAACACCGAGAUCCUGCCAAUCUUCGCUGACGACCACAAGUCUGCCUGUCCCCGUUGUCAUCCGACCAACUCCCCCCAGCAGCUACACGAACAAAGGGAAAAUUAUGUCACCCGGGAUGACGUGACCAUCAAGAGUCUCCUGCAAAAAUCAUCCGACCAGCUUGAUGAGAUGCCCUGCUCCGAGUUCUGGACCACCCUGGUCAACUGCGUCUCGCCUGCUUACGCGCCAUUCACCAAGGUCUACAGCUUGCGCCCAAAACAUUCGUCCGAAGCACCCAAUACCCCGGUUAACGUCUCCAGUCCAACAGACUCGUCUUCCCCGCCUGAACCGCCAUCGUCGUCCCCCUUCUCCGUCGACUACGGCCUUGAUGACGACGCUUUUACAAACCUACGCAGUGUGCCCGAAGUUGUCACCAACCAUCUGGCCUACAUGACCGAUCGCUAUGCUCUCUACUGCCUCCGCCAGAACAAUGACAGCGCCGAGUUUCGCGCACGGCUCCACCCCAUCCGCUACACUGCACACAUAGGCCGCGCGACCGUCACAAGUUACGACGACGGAGGCGUCGCUAGUUUCGAGAAACUACUUGAUACCUGGCAAAUCCACGACCCCUCCGUCACCAUACGUGAAUCCAAAAUAGCCUCAGCCAGUAUAAUGGAGAACAAAACCGAUGGCGAAAUCUACCCCGUUAUUACAAACGAAAACUUAGCCCAGUUUCUUCUUGAGGCUGUUACCUCUAUGCGUGCCAAUCCAAACCGCCUACGAGACCAGUACAGUCCUCCAUCCUACUCCGUCAUCUCCUCUGUUUUCUCCUGCUUUAUGCACUUUCAUGCCGGCGCUAAAUACCAUGCCUUUCACGAUGCACAAUCUGACGCAGAUCGUCAGGCCUUGGCUGUUCAGUACCCCGAAGAAACUUGUAUUACAUUGACCUCGACUCGCUGGUUCAGUUUGCUCAAACACACCCAAAGAGGCACUCAUUUCUGCAACCGAUAUUCUUCUUUGCGCAUGUACGCCCGUCCGCCUCCCCCGCCUCUUCUACCGGAGGGCGAUGGCGAGGACGAGGACGAGGACGAUGGCGAUAACGAUGACAAUGGUGAUGACGAUAACGAUGACAAUGGCGAUGACAAUGGCGAUGACAAUGGCGAUGACAAUGGCGAUGACAAUGGCGAUGACGAUAACGAGGACAAUGGCGAUGACGAUUACGAUUACGAGGACGAUGAUUCUGCUUCCUCGGGUUCACAACGCCUGCCUAUAAUCACCACAAGCAAUUCAAAGCGCAAGCGUCCGCGCGAGAGCCUUGACUCAAACUACACACUCUUUGCGCCGGGCGCACCACUCAAGCCCGCUCCUCUCAUCAGUCGUCCUCGGAAAGCAAAACAUCUGCUUCGCGAGAUUUCUUUGGAGAGCCAGCAAAAGCACACUGCAAUCCAUCUGCUUCAGUUCGUCAAGCUGCAUACAUCAUACCCUCGCUUCUUUCCCGACAUGCCGCGACGAGUCCUUACAAGCCAGGAGCGCCAGCGCGUUGACGCCUACGAGGACGCGCUGGAAGCUGCUCUGCGCGAGGUUGGCCGCAGUGACUAUGAUGCUCGUUUCCGAGUCAGCCUAGCGGUAGAGCAGGCUCAUCCGCUCAGCGCAGAGAUCCGAGAAGCAAUAGCGCAGGAAAAAACUGCUCAGUUCGCCGACCCUCUACGACAGGUAGGAAGCACAAUCAAACUCGACCGCUUCAAGCCAGACACGCCAUGGGGUCUUGUUGUGUACCGAACGGCAUAUGGCGAUGAUGCUGCUUGGAGGCGAAUGCUUAACGAGCUGCAGGACCCCGUGGACUCGCUGCCGUACGAGCCUGCGCCCAACCCGGAGCUCUACCCCCGGCAUCGGUUUGAGAUUAUGGACGAUCAGAGCCAGUUCGAAGGUGCCACUAUGGAAUCCUUGCGUGAUAAGUUCUCUACGUGGGUAGUGGAGGAGUACCGCGCCAACCUUAAGGAAGAGCACCGUCCCUCCGUAGAGGAAUUUAACGCCGCCAUGGACGGCUCCCCUGCCGGGGCUCGCUACAACUUCUUCCUAGUCGUUGAUGACAUUUGUCUUGAGUCGCUAGACCAGGCGUGCGGCGCUGUGGUGAAGCUCGUGCAGGCAGCGGGGCACCGAGGUAGCCUCUCGGCGGAGGAAAUUCAGGAAAUGUGUCCUAAGGAAGAGGGCUCGGAGUGGGAAGGGGGUUUAACGGAAGAUGAGUAUGAGAAUGUUGGUUGGAUGUACAUAGAAACGUCGGAUUAUGCCGUCUUUCAGGAAUAUUUGGCAGAACCUUCAAACUGGGAAGACGAGUACUUGAGACCGCCAAAGCUGAGAUCUCUGGAUGGGUUUGAAGACGUACCAGGGUCGUGGAGGAAGUGA